AUGAGUGAUGUUAAUCUUCUUUGCCAGCAUAUGCAUGCUCCUACUGUUGCACACUGGGAACAGCUGAAACGUGUGCUCCGGUAUGUCAAGGGGACUCUGACCAUGGGUUUACGCUUACGCCGCUCUGCUUCUACUGAGUUGCAUGCUUUCUCAGACUCUGACUGGGCCGGCUGUCCUGAGGAGAGGAAAUCUACGAGUGGAUAUGCAAUCUUUCUUGGCACGAAUCUUAUAUCCUGGGUAUGCAAGAAACAACGGACUGUUGCCAGAUCUUCUACAGAGGCCGAAUACAAAGCUCUUGCGGACGUAUGUGCUGAAGUGAUAUAG